AUGUCACGAGCAGCCGAAUAUGCACAGUUUCCCUAUACUCCCCCGAAAACCCAUCUCACAUCUGCUCAACAGUCUAUGCACCACCAGUUUACUCAACAACAACCAAAUCAGUUCACGAGUUCUCAGGACGGUUUGCUCACUCAACAACCACCUUCUGUUACAACGAAUCCACAAUACACGACCUCGCAUGCCUCAAUUGUCACGCCUAGUUUAGGUACUCAGCAAACACGACGUUACAAGACUCAACAACAUACCUCCAUAUCACCACCUACUCCAAAUACCCCUAAUCGACAGUAUUCUCAGAAUUCUCUCGUUCAAGCAACAUUGGAGCAUCCUCCCUCCCCUUUAAGCUCAAAUCAAUGUUUACCCACUACUAAUAAUGUUACCAUUCCCUCAACUUUACCCGCGUCUUUACCUACCCCUCCAACCACCCUCCCUCCAGGUUUAUCAAGUCCAAAUUCAGGGAAUACCCCGGCUUCCAAUUUUGAUUUGCAAGAUGUUCUCGCGCAAUUCGGUAAUCAACCUGAACUACUUAAACUCAUCCUUAAAUCAAAGGUUGAGGAGGACAAGCGUAAAGCUGAGGAAGCAAAAUUGCGCGUCAGAGAACUUGAUUUAUUGUUAUUGGAUCGUGAUAGGCAGAAAAAAGGUUUAGAACACGCUCGUGAUGUUGAUGAAUCAAAGAACGAUGAGAUUCAUUCUAAUCAAGAUAUGGAUUUCGAUCAUGACAACUCGAUCGGACCGUUCUCCACAUCAGACGGAUCAUUAAGUUACGCGUCUUUUGGUGCUAGUUUGUCUUCUCCCGUGCAAAAUCUCCCCCUCAAUUCCCCGAGUACUCCUGUAUCUCAAUCAACGCCUCGACUUAAACCAGCACCGCGAAUCAAUUCGACACCUAAAGGUCAGUCGGCACCACAAUUACCAUUGCAUUAUCGUUUCGCGCCACUUAACAAUCAACUGACUUCUCAGAAUUCUCAAAAUCAAAUGCAAUCUCAUAAUCAAGCAAUCCAAAAUAACCAAGAGGGUAUUCUUGGAUCGGCAGAAAACGAAGAAAGCAACGUCAAUAAUGUAACGAACAAACGUAAACGCAAACGUCGCGAAAUGCUUCCUGUAACGAUGAUCAUCGAAACCAAAGAAUGUCCUUUCAAGGAUGAAUAUUUAUGGAAGAACAAUGGAAACACCACCCAAAGAAAAACUGGAAACAAGAGCGUUUAUUUUAAAUGCUCAAAUAGCAACAAGGGAUGUCCAGUUAAUAAGACGGUCACUGAAAAGGAAGGUGGAUGGAUCAUUAAAUAUCGUGGUCAUCAUUUGGAUGUAUGCGGUAAGAUUAAACGCAUCGUGCAAUCUUAA